AUGGCAAGAUGGGACGUUUGGUUCGGACCGAAUCUUAAAAUGAAACCCGUUAUUGACGCUUUUAUCAAGGAGGAAUUUACCAACAACUCCAAGGCAUUUCCAACAAACCCAUUUGACAAAAACAAGGUAAAGAAAAUCCAAGCACGUUCUAAAUCAACAUACAUGGAAAAGAAGAUAUGA